CUUAAAAUUCCGUAAUGUUCGCGGGCAACUGUCAUCUUUGAAGCGCACAACAGACGCAGACACAACAUGUUUACAAAUGGCGGACAAGAAGAAACCGAAUUCUGCUGAUGACCGUCCACAAGAGACUGACAGACAGUUUUUGGAGAGAUCCAACAUAGGGCACCUGAUGAAGGAUGUUUUGGGUAAAAUUGUCAGUAACAGGCCAGAGGAUCCCAUUGUUUUUCUUGCAGAUUAUUUUGACUCCUUAGAGGACCAAUCUAAUCUGGUGCUAAAAGCACGCAACCUGAUUGAGAUGACACACCACAGUCGACCAGUCUUUGAGAUGAAUGUACGACAAGCUUAUGAUAUUUUGCUUAAACAAAAAGGUUAUAGAAAGAAGCCUGCCGAUUUAUUGUUGUUGGAAGAGGAGAUUGGUAAAAGGCUGUAUGGUGUAAAUGGAACUUCAUACACAGAUCUCAUCAAGACACUCUGCAGGGACAUCCCUCAAUCUGUUACAACCAAACUCCUCAAGAAGAUCGAAUGUGUUGACUAUGAAGCAAUUAGAUAUGAUGUCUUUAAAUCGGGUGUCUUCACAUGCUGUGUUUUGCAAGAUUAUGUAAAGUUGUGUGAGAUGCUGUUUAAUUCUUUGGACUUCCAGAAUUCAGGAAAAGUGGACAAGAUGCUAUCAGAGAUUGUCAAUGAACAAUUAAAAGCAGCCUUAGCUAAUACUCGAACUGAUGCUCGCAAUCCAUACACAGGGCUGACGGAUCAGUUCUCUAUGUCGAUUGUAGAGGCAGGGUACAACUUGGGCCCAGACGGACUCUUUUAUGCUUUAGAGAGGGGAAUGAGGAGUAAACUAAACCAGGGAGGGCAGACCUUAGAACAGUUUACAACAGAAAUAUGUGAUGCUUUUCUUUCAAAGGUGAAGAGACUGAGAUAAUGCAGACUGAAACAGAAUCCACGCACAGUUUACGUUAGUUUAUUGCAAUUACAUAUGUACAACAGCACCCUAUUUGUCAUUUUACGACAAAUGCAUACAAAAUUCCUCCGAAGACCGCCUGUCAAUGCAACACAAGAACGGAGAUACUCUUCUUGCCUACGUAACUGAUCAUGUGACAUGUUUAGUUCAAGACAGAAACAGACUGUCAAACAUAUGGUGAUAUCUCAAAUUAUCAUGAUUUAAAUUUCCAAGAGUAUAUCCAAUUACAAUCACCAGAUACGAUAUUUACGUUAUAAAUUAUUGAUGUAAAA